AUGCUCCACAUUCUCCUCAGAGUUAUUUUCUCUUUGAGCCCAAACCUUCGUCCUCCAACGAGAGGGGGAGACCUCAGCCCUCUGCCCCCUCAGAGGGGAAGACCUCAGCCCACUGCCCCCUCAGAGGGGGAGACCUCAGCCCACUGCCCCCUCAGAGGGGAAGACCUCAGCCCACUGCCCCCUCAGAGGGGGAGACCUCAGCCCACUGCCCCCUCAGAGGGGGAGACCUUAGCCCACUGCCCCCUCAGAGGGGAAGACCUCAGCCCACUGCCCCCUCAGAGGGGAAGACCUGAGCCCACUGCCCCCUCAGAGGGGGAGACCUCAGCCCACUGCCCCCUCAGAGGGGAAGACCUCAGCCCACUGCCCCCUCAGAGGGGGAGACCUCAGCCCACUGCCCCCUCAGAGGGGAAGACCUCAGCCCACUGCCCCCUCAGAUGGGAAGACCUGAGCCCACUGCCCCCUCAGAGGGGAAGACCUCAGCCCACUGCCCCCUCAGAGGGGAAGACCUCAGCCCACUGCCCCCUCAGAGGGGAAGACCUCAGCCCACUGCCCCCUCAGAGGGGAAGACCUCAGCCCACUGCCCCCUCAGAGGGGAAGACCUCAGCCCACUGCCCCCUCAGAGGGGAAGACCUCAGCCCACUGCCCCCUCAGAGGGGGAGACCUGAGCCCACUGCCCCCUCAGAGGGGGAGACCUCAGCCCACUGCCCCCUCAGAGGGGGAGACCUCAGCCCACUGCCCCCUCAGAGGGGGAGACCUCACCCCCCCCCUCAGAGGGGAAGACCUCAGCCCACUGCCCCCUCAGAGGGAAGACCUGAGCCCACUGCCCCCUCAGAGGGGAAGACCUCAGCCCACUGCCCCCUCAGAGGGGAAGACCUCAGCCCACUGCCCCCUCAGAGGGGAGACCUCAGCCCACUGCCCCCUCAGAGGGAAGACCUCAGCCCACUGCCCCCUCAGAGGGGAAGACCUCAGCCCACUGCCCCCUCAGAGGGGAAGACCUCAGCCCACUGCCCCCUCAGAGGGGAAGACCUCAGCCCACUGCCCCCUCAGAGGGGAAGACCUCAGCCCACUGCCCCCUCAGAGGGGAAGACCUCAGCCCACUGUGGUUUGGAUCCCUAUGGUCUGGAUCUCUCUCUUCCCAGUAAAACCAUCGUCAGCAUCAAAGCACAGCGCCAGCUCUGA